AUGAAAUAUCACGACAAUGGGGACAAAAAUGAGUCCUACACUUGUGACAUUUGCGGCAAAAUUUCACCCUCUCGUCAAUGUGCAAAGAUUCAUAGAAAAAUUCACGAUGAAUCUCGUCCCACAUACCCAUGCGCUGAUUGUGGCAAAAUAUACCUUUCAUCGUCAGCGCUAGGCCAACAUCGUAAAUGGCAUACGGGAAAAGCAUUUAAAUGUGUCCAAUGUCCAAAGAUGUUCAUUCUUAAAGCUGAGUACAAAAUUCAUCUGCGCUUUCAUACUCACGACUAUCCAUAUCAAUGUGAAAUGUGUGACAAGAAGUUUAAUGCUAUAGGUCAUUUGAAUUCUCACCGAAAAAUGCAUUUAGGUUGGAAGAUAAAAUGCAAGGUGUGUGAUAAACUCUUUGCCACUAGAGCAGCUUAUUCUGAUCAUGCAUUCAAGCAUAGUGAAAUGCCAUAUAAAUGUUUGCAUUGCCCAAAGGGUUAUCCUACAAAAACAAAAUUGAAAUAUCAUCUAAAAACAACUCAUUCAAUGGACAUGACUAUGGACGAAAUAAAUAAAGUUUAUAUUAAACAACCAUCAGUAAAAAGGAGGGAAAAAGUAGAAUGGAUCAAAGUUGAUUCUAAUGAAAAGAAAUCAACUAAAAGUUUCACUCGCUGGGCUGCUUUAAAACAACACUUGCAAAUCCACGAAGGCAAACCAACAAAUACUGAGUCACACCCUUGUGAUGUAUGUGGGAAAAUUUCUCCCUCCCAGCAAUUAGCAAAAAUUCACAGAAAAAUACAUGAUGAAGCUCGUCCCACAUACCCGUGUGAUGAAUGUGAAAAAGUAUACCUCUCAGCAGCAUCGCUAAGAUUACAUCGCAGAUGGCACACCGGAGAGACAUUCCAGUGUAUCCAAUGUCCAAAGAUGUUCGUUACAAAACCUGAGUACAAAAUUCACUUGCGUUUUCACACCCGUGACUUUCCAUUUCAAUGUGAAAUGUGUGGCAAGAAGUUCAAUGCCAAAGGUCAUUUGAAUUCUCACUUAAAAAUGCAUUUAGAUUUGAAAAUUAAAUGUAAGGUGUGUGGAAAACUUUUUGCCACACGACCAGCAUACAGGGAUCAUGUGUUCAAACAUAGUGAAAUGCCUUUUAAAUGUUUGCAUUGUACGAAAGGUUAUCCUACGAAAUCAAAAUUAAGGUUUCAUCUAAGGGCCACACAUUCCUUGGAUAUGCCAAUGGAAGAAAUUCGGAAAAUAUAUGUAAGACAACCAACAUCAGUUGCAAAGAGAGAAAGAGUAGAAUGGAUUAAAGUUGAUGACCCAAACAAAAAAUCAACUGCUUCGGAUACUAACUUACAGAACGAACUUUAA